ACUGCGGUGACUGACAGUCAGGGCUUUGUUCUGGAUGCGCCUCCCUCUGAAUGACCUGCCAUAAAUACCUGCAGUGUGUUCACUCAGCCCUCCCUGAAGGUGGCGUUUAGCAGCUCUGAGACUCACCACCACCACAGCUCACACUGACUACCGAUCGAGAGAAAUGGAGAAGCUGACGGUGGAUGAAGCUCGAAAAGCCUUCAGUUCUGGGAGGUCGAGACCCUUACAGUACAGAAAACAGCAGCUCAGAGCUCUGCUAAGACUGAUCACAGAGCACCAAGCGGACAUCACAGCAGCUCUCAAACAGGACCUUAACAGGAGUGAGUUUGAUACACCACUUUUUGAGCUGAUUGGACUGGAGCAUGAAAUCAAGGUGGCUGAAAAAGAGCUCAGUGACUGGGCGAGCCCUCAGCCUGCAAGAAAGAGCCUGGUUACCAUAAACGAUGAUGUUUACAUUCAAGCUGAGCCUUUGGGUGUUGUGCUGAUCAUUGGAGCCUGGAACUAUCCCUGGGCUCUGACAUUACAGCCGCUUAUAGGAGCCAUAGCAGCAGGUAAUGCUGCUGUGGUGAAGCCCUCUGAACUGAGCCAGAACUCGUCCAGUCUACUAAAACAACUGCUUCCUCAUUAUUUGGAUAAGGAGAUGUACCCUGUUGUGACUGGAGGAGUUCCAGAAACCCAGGAGCUUCUGAGGCAGUGCUUUGACCACAUCUUCUAUACGGGAAACAGCACAGUGGGCAAACUGAUUAUGGAAGCUGCUGCACGACAUCUCACACCAGUGACUCUGGAGCUGGGAGGAAAAAGUCCCUGUUACAUUGAUAAGAACUGUGACAUAGCAGUUGCUUGCCGUCGAAUUACCUGGGGGAAAUUUGCUAACUGUGGCCAGACGUGCAUCGCACCAGACUACAUUCUUUGUCAUCCUAGUAUCCAGAACAAAGUCAUUGAAGAGUUACGGCUCACGUUACUGGAGUUUUAUGGUGAGGAGCCCCAAACUUCUCCUGAUUACGGCCGCAUUAUCAACCAGCGCCACUUUGAGCGAGUUUUGACCCUGAUGGAGGGAUGCACUGUGGCUGUUGGGGGAGGAAGUGAUAAAACCCAGUGUUAUAUUGCACCUACUGUUCUAAGGGAUGUCUUGCCCCAUUCCAGGAUAAUGCAGGAGGAGAUCUUUGGACCUGUGCUACCGAUAAUAAGUAUCAGUGAUGUCAGUGAAGUUAUUCAUUUUAUCAACGAGAGGGAGAAACCACUGGCUCUUUAUGUUUUUUCUUCUGAUAAAAAGGUGAUCAAGCGAAUGCUGAACGAGACAACGAGCGGAGGGGUCGUGGUUAAUGAUGUCAUGAUGCAUUAUACAGUCACCUCGUUGCCUUUUGGGGGUGUAGGGAACAGUGGAAUGGGCAGAUAUCAUGGAAAGCACACCUUUGACCAGUUAAGUCACCACCGUGCUUGUCUUAUCAAGUCAUUGGCGAUGGAAAGUCUAAAUAAAGCCCGCUACCCUCCCCUGACUCCGUCCCGCCUGCGUAGGGCCAAGUUCUUCAUGACGAGCCGCUUGUGCACCUGCGCCCAGGCUACCUGUGCCUGGGCCGUCAUCGCUACCAUGCUUGCACUGGGUCUCCUGAUUGCCUUACUGAUAGUUCUUCUCAAGGAUCCAGUGGCCUGAAGAUGCGCUAAUCUUUCCUGUCUGAAGAACACAACGAAUAUAUAUAUAUAUAUAUAUAUAAAUAUAUAUAUAUAUAUAUAUUAGAAAUUGUACCUCACUGAUGACAAAAUGUUCAUUUUUAAAAAUGUGCCAAAUUUGUAUGUGAGCUAAUUUUUAAGUUGAUGUAAUAUUUAAAUGUAUAGCCUACUGUAUAUUUUGCAUUUGAAAAUUGACUUAUCCAUUUUUGUUUGUUUUCUAAUUGCAAUCAAAUAACUGUAUGCUGUGUGCACCAUUUAACUUCAAUUUAUAUGACCUUAAGUGCUUAUCGAAUUUAAUAGUUUCUAUGUAAUACUGUUUAUACUUGUGUAAUGAAAAAGGGUGAUUGGCUAAGUAACACCUUAUAUUAAGGUAUGCAUACUUAUUAAACAGCUUUAUUGCCUAUAUAAAUGUUCCAAAAGACAUAUUUUCCUGACUUGAAAAUGAAAACAAAAUGUAGUAUGCCUUUCAAAGUGUGCAACACUCUUAAAACAGCAAAACUGUUUAGGAAUGACCAACAGGCAGUUACAGAGUUUGUUUUGAACAGUCAACAGCGUUGUAAAAAACACAAAUUACUUCAAUGUUAAGCUACCAGGAACUCAUUAUCCUUCCAUGAUAUUCUAGAAUUCGAAUGAAUGCUAUAUGAUUAAAAGUAUUGGGACAUACUUAUUAACCUUUUUUUUUAAUUAGGAUGUUUUCUUCAGUCUCAUUGUUACAGAUGUACAAAAUCAAGCACCAAGCCAUGCAGUCAGAUAAACAGUAGUGAAAGAAGGGGUGUUUCUAAAGAGCUCACAAAAUGUCAGCAUGGUACUGUAAAAGUCAGCUGCCAUCAGCUUUGAGUGUAUAAUAAAAAAAUUAAAGUGUUUUUAGAACAACAGCAACACGGCCGUGAGGAGGAAGACCAUGUUAAAAAGGUGUUUCCUGGAGGGCACAGUUUUGCAUUUUGGCACAGUUACGUGCUUUUCUUGCUUAAGCACACAAGAUUUAAAUCACCUGUUAAUUACCAUGUUUAUUUGGUCUGUAAUAGCAGGGAAAUCAGCAGGAUUAUUGUGUAGUUGUCCCAGUUCUUUUGUACAUAUAGUAUAUCUGGAGUGUCCAGAAGUAAAAGCUACCAACAGAGAUACAGUACAUGUAGUACAUGUAGUAUUGAAUAAGAUUCAAGUUAAACAUUAGGAGAAUGCUCCAUACACAUGCAUUCAAGUACCUCACUGCAUGGCUGUCAGCCAGCAAAGGCCUUAGAUUUGACCGAAAAAUGACCUGAAUCUCAUUAUUAUCCUUCCUUCCUCAUGACUUAAAUCCUAUUGAGAACUUAUGAACUUUUCUCCAACAUGAGAUUUACAGUGUGGGAAAACACUGCACCUCUUUGACCUGCAUAUGGGAAGCGUUAGUUGCUGCUUCAGCAAUAACUGAUGAGGAAAAUCAAGAAACUGACUGAUUCCAUGGUUUACUGAAAAGAACAAAUGACUAUAUUGAUCACUGAAUAUUUCCGAAAGGCCAAAUAUUUAAAAUGCUAUUUGUAAUAUUGACUUAAUUACAGUUACAGUCAAAACAGUAGGAAUUAACUGACAGGAUUGAAGCUUGGUGGGUAGUUGUGCCAGAAUAAUGUCAUAGGCCCAAUCCCAUUUCACCCCUUGGGCCUACCACUUACACCUAUUUAUUGUUCUUUACAACCUUUAUCUUCUUUCUGAAUAUCGUUCCAGUCUGAUGCUUCUUUAUAGAGGCAAUUUUUGGGCUCCGUGUGGUCCAGUGGGCUAAGCACUGCCACUAUAAUCGGGAGAUUGUCGGUUCGAAUCCUGUUCAUGUGGCUUGUCAUCGGCCACCGGAGCCCUGAGAGAGCAGACCUGGUAUUGCUCUCUCUGGGCGGGUAGUUGGCACUCACUCCCCACAUCACUCCAAAGGGUGAUGUCGGUCAGCACAAAGAGUCUGUGAGCUGGUGUAUCAGAACCAAGUCGCUGCACUUUCCUCCGAGUGCGCUGUGAUGGUAUUUAGCAAUGCUGCAUCAACAGCAGUUCAAAAAGAGGUGGUGGCAGACUUCACAUGAGGAGGCAAGUGCUAGUCUUCACCCUCCUGGUGUUGGGGCAUUACUAGUGGUAGGGGGAGUCUUAAUGAGUGGGUUGUGUAAUUGGCCGUGUAAAUUGGGGAGAAAAUUUGGCUAAUAAACUUUUUCAAAUAAAUGUGCACACAGUGUAGUUACCUCUAUGGUGUUUAUGUAACUGAAACUGUUAACCACCACAGACUUGUCCAUCAGUUAACAGUAGAGUAUGGAGACAGAAUGCAACUGAAUAGGCACUGUAUCUGCAGCUCACAAUACUGUAUUGUCAGCAUUCUCCUUGUUUACUGUGCAAAGCACAGGGGUCUUUGUAUUGACGCUCUUUUGGAGAUAAGCUGGUUGUACUGUUCGCUGGAACACGGCCACAAAGGGCUGCUUGUUCUGCUGUAAAGUUGUUCAUGCCAACCAGCCGUCAGUGUUUUUUUUACAGGUUGUUUUUGUAUUAUUAAAUAAUAGCUAAAAUAAGCCACCAGAUGGCCUCAUAUAUCUACACCAGAAUGCACUGUGAGCUCUUUUUAAUGUCUUAACUUUCUCAGUGCAUCCCCUCUUAUCUUCAGCAGGGGGUGCUGCCUUACUAGUUUUAUUAUUUUAGGUCCCCAGUGAUGCUUCAGGCUAACAAUUACUAACAAUUAAGACUCUUGAGAGUUAAUAUUUCCUAUUGCUAAAUAUUUCCUAAUCCGAUAAUUAAAUCUGAACAGUUAAAAAAUGGAACUUCACCAACUGUUUGCCUGCCAAGACCUUUUUUACGCAUUUUUUUUUCACGUUCUUUACAAUAUGAUCCAACAAACAAUUUUAGUGUUCAAAAGCACAUUUCUUAAGAACAUAUAGAUGGAUGUGUCAUGUCUUAGCCCUGUCUCAUGUCUCUGUGUUUGUCCCACGUGACCCGUGCCCCUGUGUUCUGUCAGUGUUUUUCCACUCACCUGUGUCCAUUUGUAGCUCCGCCCCUCAUUAGUCAGUCCCCAGGUGUUACCUGUUCUCCUUCCCGCCUUGUGUGUAUAUUUAAGGAUCUUUGUCACUAGUGUUUCUGUCGGUUCUUGUGCGUUUAUACGUCUGUCACGGCUGUGUUAAAUCCUGUCUGUCUGUUAGUCUCCUGUUUAGUCUGUUUCGGUUUGAUUUAUGUUUUGGUUUCUGUUCUUAAAUAAAUGAUACUUGCGUUAG